CCGACCCAGCGUGCUCAAUAUGUGCAGUGACUGUUCGUGUGCGUUUGUCACGCUUUUAUUCCUCUAAUUUAGGACUAGCGAAGAAAAAAAAUGUCCUAUUGCACGAAAUACAGUGACUUCUCGUACGAAGACAGCUGCGAUUCCGGCUUCGAGUAUUCCUUCAAAUCCGAAUCCUCGGACCUAACGGACGAACGCAACGACUACUUCGACUUAGACAGCGACAUAUCCCCAAUCAAAAGGCUCCGAAGACCCGAGCACUUCAAUCGCGACCUAUACGACAAAUUCAACGCCGCCUUCCACGGCAGCCUCAUCGAGCGAGUCAAAUCCCCGGUGCCCUACGAGCCGACAUGGGACCAACAGCAGCCCUUCAAACGCAACGUCUUCGAGAACAACAACGACGAGCUGGAGUUCUACUAUCCGCUCGACAGCGACAAGAGCAAGUGCUCCACGCCGGUGAAGGAGAAGCCGAAGAGGAAGUACGCGACCGGCCGCAACCGGGUCUCCAGGGCGAAGAGCCCCACCCAGAUAAUGCGGAUAAAGCGCGUGAGGCGGAUGAAGGCGAACGACAGGGAGAGGAACAGGAUGCACAUGCUGAACGAGGCGUUGGAGCGGCUGCGGUGCGUCCUGCCCACGUUCCCUGAAGACACCAAGCUCACCAAGAUCGAAACGCUGCGUUUCGCUCAUAACUACAUUUACGCUCUGUCCCAAGCCGCGAACGAUCUGGAUAGCUUCUCGAAUUCGAGCGAUAGCAUAUCAAUCAAUGUAGGGAAUGUUACGGUGUCCAUUAGCAAGCACGGAAACACGAUUACCUCGAAGAACUUGGAGCAGGUCGGUGGGAACGCGGUGGUCACCAGCGGCAGCAUCACUAACGCCAGUUUUAUGCAGGAUUACGUCGGGAACGAGCCUUGCGGCAGCGAUUACCAAAACCUGGGCUUUUCGAGCGAACUGGAAACUUAUCCUAGUAGCAAUUACGAGCAAUAUACGAAUGGUGCAAAUUUUGACCAGUAUGGUUACCAAGUCGGUUACGACUAUCCUCAUUGUUUGAAAGGUUAGAAUGUACGAUUUGUGAUUUCAUGAGACAUGAGAGUUUAAAAGGCUAUUUUUUAUCGGUUUGAUUAUAUACGAGAAAGUAGUGACGUGUUUAAAAAUAUUGAGAUUUCUAAAUAGUGCCUUCUUUUGUAUACUUUUUAUCGGAGUCUAAUUAGUUUUGCACAUGUCAAGUGUCACGUGAAAUUUUAAAUACAAUUUACAAGAAUUUUGCGCAGAAAAAUAUCGUUUUUUACGAAAACACAUAAUCUAGUCAGUAAUCAUAAAACUAGUCUUGAAAAUGUGAUUUAAUUAUUCAUAUGUAAGAAUUUUUAUGAAGUUAUAUUAUAUACC